GCCCCGCGCCUCGCUGCGGCCUAAGCGGUCGGCUCGGAGUUCCGCUGCGCGUCGGGCCCGAGCCGGCGUGCUCAGGCCGGGUGGUGAGGCGAGGUGACGGCGGCUCCUGCCGGGUGCUCGGGCUGUGCCGCCGGAGGGGCCGUCUCGGCGGCCUGCCGCAGCCAGUCGGUGCGCGGCCGGGCCCCGCCUGCCCGUAGCGCGGAAACGCGGAGGGAGCGAGCCGCGUGCCGGCCUGGCGUGGGGCGGGUUUCCCCGCGGAGUGAGCCGAGCCGAGUAUCGUGCGUUCAGUGGGUAAAUCACAUCCCUGUGUCCUGCUGGGAGUCACUGAAUCACAGAGCUGCUCGGGUUAGAAAAGGCCUUCAAGGUCAUCGAGUCCAACCAUAACGGAGAGAACUCCUCAGCGGGGCCUGAGCACGUCGUGGCCCUGUCCUCCUCCCAGAGUCCCCGGAGAUCACAGCUUGGAUGUCAGGCUGUUGGUAGUUGGAUGGGUCCCUGCUGAAGGCACAGCAGUCCCUGGAGAUGUCUGGGCCCAGCUGCGUCCUGCUGCCAUCUUCCAGAGCAGGCUUCUCCUUGCUGUUUUCAUUCAAAAUUUGGAUAUGCGUGAUAAAAUGAGAAAAUGGAGGGAAGAAAACUACCGAAACAGUGAGCAGAUAGUGGAUGUUGGAGAAGAGUUAAUUAAUGAAUAUGCAUCUAAGCUUGGAGAUGACAUUUGGAUAAUAUACGAACAGGUGAUGAUUGCUGCCCUGGACUGUAGUCGAGAUGAUUUGGCACUGUUUUGUCUUCAGGAACUAAGGAGGCAGUUUCCUGGGAGCCAUAGAGUUAAGCGAUUAACUGGAAUGAGAUUUGAAGCGAUGGAAAGGUACGAUGAUGCCAUCCAACUAUAUGAUAGAAUUUUACAAGAGGAUGCAACUAAUACAGCAGCAAGGAAGCGUAAGAUUGCCAUUCGAAAAGCCCAGGGGAAAAAUCUUGAGGCCAUCCGAGAGCUGAAUGAGUAUCUGGAACAAUUUGUUGGAGACCAGGAAGCUUGGCAUGAACUUGCAGAACUUUACAUCAAUGAACAUGACUAUGCAAAAGCAGCCUUCUGCCUAGAGGAGCUUAUGAUGACCAAUCCACACAACCACUUAUAUUGUCAGCAGUAUGCUGAAGUUAAAUAUACUCAAGGGGGGCUUGAAAACCUAGAGCUAUCAAGAAAAUAUUUUGCACAAGCACUGAAACUUAACAACAGAAAUAUGAGAGCUUUGUUUGGGCUUUACAUGUCUGCGAGCCAUAUUGCCUCCAAUCCAAAAGCAAGUGCAAAAAUGAAAAAAGAUAAUAUGAAAUAUGCCAGCUGGGCAGCGAAUCAAAUAAAUAGAGCCUACCAGUUUGCAGGUCGCAGUAAGAAAGAAACUAAGUACUCCCUGAAAGCAGUGGAAGACAUGUUGGAGACCCUGCAAAUCACUCAGUCUUAGGUUGGCACAGAGAGGUCCAAUAUUAAAUUUUCAGAUUCUUUGCUCAAACUUUAAUAACUUCUGGGUUAUGUUACUCCAGUACUGUUAAAAAUUAAUUUUGUAUUAAUGUGGCUAUCUAAAAUAAUGUUUUCUGAGAAGUAAAAUGACUAUUUAUUGCUGCUAUCUAAAAUGUGAUGAAUACCCACUGAAAUGAGUAACUUAUCAAAGUAGAUGACAUAAAGAAAUGUAAUGAUUUGCACAACAGUCUCCUUAGAUUUUGUAUGUACAGUACCUGCUUUUAAGCCAUAAUUUGUAGAAAUAAACUUGUUAAAUGACUAAAAGGAAUUACAGUGAUGUAUUGAACUUGUCAAUGGAAGCUACAAAUUUAUAUAUGGAGAUUAAUAACAUAUGUUAGAAAAUGUUAUCUUACUUGAAUAUUUAAGAGUUAAAGCAUGCUGCAGAUGUAUAAUUUGUUAACUAUUUACCAUACGAGAAGAGAUUAUUUUGCAUGAAUACACUUUAUUAGAGGAAAACAUUAAUGAUUUUAUGAAUUAUUUGAUAUCUGCUAUUGUAGAAAUGGAGAGAACUUUUUUGUAUACUUUUCUUCAGAGGGUCUCCUGUACUGGCUUACGGCCGAAGAUGUUUGUCUCUGUGGCUUUCUGGGCAAAUGCUUCCAUGUCUACUUAGUUCUCCAAUCAGUAAAUACAUGUGUUUUUUUUUGUUUUUUUUUAAA